CUUUAGACUUUUAGAAAGCCUCUUCUCUAUUCAAUCCUUGACUAAUUAAUCCCUUCCAUGGAGUACUCAUCAAUACACCAACGGAAACCCCCUUUAGAGGGUAAUAUCCCAUUCUCUGCACGAGACCGAGCACCUGAUUCACCCAUUCCGAUGCAAACAGCUGUUGCUCAUGAACUCACAAACAACAGUCUGACUUCAGCACCGUCAUCGUCAUCGUCAUCGCUAUCGUCAUCGUUGUCACCGCCUGAAACAAUUUUCUCUCAGUAUCUUCUUCCGUAUCAAUUUUUAUGUUUCUUUUUCCCAAUCGCCCUUGUCCUUGGAUCGUUGUUCGGCACUAUCGGCGGUGAUCGUCCUUCGUAUUUUUCCAACAAGCGUAACCUUUUGAAUGUAUUGUUUGUCAAAAAUGGGUGGGGAUGGACAUCGGUGGUUUUUCUGAUAUAUUUGGCAGUCGUCUUUGGGAAAGCAGUAUUCCGUCAAGAACAAUCUCAAAGCAACAAUGCCUCAGGCUUAGAUCAAGUGGAAGGCAAUGUGCUGCGACCUCAAGAGCAGGACUUUGUCAAUGCAGGAUUAUCCAUUUCUGCCUUCCAAAAUGUACAGGUGGAUCAAGAACCUCAAUCCAUGGUUGGAACCAACCUGCCUCCUCGUGGUAGUAUAGAAAGCGCUCAAAUCCCCGUUAAUACCUUUGCCAAAGCCUUAUUCAGAUGGGGCCUGGCCACUCUGUACUGGUGGUUGAUCUCACAAUGGUUUUUCGGACCUGGCUUGUUUGAUCGCUUUUUCGUUCUCACUGGUGGUACAUGCUCGGUUGAUGGCCAUUGGUCACAGUAUAAUUGCAGACGCCAAGGCGGUCACUGGUCUGGGGGAAUUGAUAUCUCUGGUCAUAUGUUCUUGUUAUCUCAUGCGUGCCUAUUCUUGAUGGAAGAGCUAUCAGUCUUCCUGAAUGUUCCCGAGGCAUGGACUGCAUUACGAAAUCGUACAUCUGCCAAAUAUGCGGUCUGGAGCGUUAUCGGCCUCUGUAGUUUGUGGUGCUGGAUGCUGUUGAUGACAAGCGUGUAUUAUCAUCAUCUAAUGGAGAAGACAACAGGUUUAUUCUUUGGCAUGCUGUUCUGGUUCUGCACAUACGUUACAACCUACAAAGUGCUCCCUUUCCCAGGCAUGCCUGAUCAGGCUGUAAUACUUUAGACCAUUCAUUUCUUUUGCCUUAUCUAAACCCUAAUAUACAAAUGACAGCC